UAUGGUCGUGAACCAGUGGGAACAUCUGUCUAACACUCUCAAGGAAAUCAAGCAAAGGGGGAGCCACUCCGGCGAAAGUUUUCCUGGUCUGAGUUCUGAAUCUAGGGCUCGGAAUUCUACUGCCAAAGACAACGGAGUCCUUACCAGUAAUAAGAAUGGGGAUACUGCUAUGGGUUUUAUUCUGAUUGUGAUUGACGCAAAUGCAGGACCAUCUGUAGAAGUUUGCAGAAUGGUUUCUGACUUCAGAAGAGGCUUUCUCAGUCCUUGUAAGGUUGUGUGGAUAAACAAGCCACUCAUGCGUGGUGUCAAUUACAAUGCCCCUGACGAGGACAUUUUGAUCCAGAUGACAUAGUCACAUUCAAACCAUUUCAGGGGACUCGUUUGUUUCAAGUUAUGAAGCUUCUUCCUGAAUAUAGGCAAAGCAGUUCUAGCAAAGUAGAAAGAGAGAGUGAUGGACUUCCAUUUCAAAGGGUUGAAGAAUUCAGGAAGGGAAGUCAGACAUCGUCAGGAGAUCAAUCUUAUGGUAGGCACGGAGCAAGAAAUUCUCCCGAUCAUCAAGGUGAAAUUCAAGAAUGCGUUGACCCGAGCUUCGAAAAAGCCUUGAGGGGCAAGAGAAUUUUGCUCGUUGAGGACGACGAAUUGCCACGCAAGGUAGCUUCCCAUGCUCUGAGACGGCUGGGUGCGAUCGUUGAGCAAUGCCAGAAUGGCAAGCAAGCAGUGACUUUAGUUGAUGAUUGUCUGGCAAAGGCUAUUCCUUAUGAUUACAUAUUAAUGGACUACGAGAUGCCCGUGUUCGACGGAUUUGAGGCAACAAGGCAGAUUAGAAAGGUGGAAAAGGCGUAAGGCGUUCGCAUUCCUAUCAUCGCUUUAAGUGGACAUACGUCAGGGAAAGAGACAAGGGCGACCAUAGCGGCGGGAAUGGAAAUGCAUUUAGGCAAACCCAUUGUCAAGGAGCAUUUGUUGGAAGCCAUCAGAUCCAUUCGCAGCAAGAGGGCUACUAUGUUUAACCUUCGAUAUGAUCGUUUAUUCGUUUAGCAUGCAUGAUAGUUUUUAUUUAAGACAUAUCUACGAUUUGUAGUGGCAAAAUGUGCAGAUAUUACAGUGCCUGUGUAGUAAUACUGACUACUGACGAGAAUAAAAUAUUAUUAAAAUA